UGCAGUCAUUGGCAGACAUGCCCAGAGCAGUGAAAUAUUUCGGUUGCCCCAUGCACACAUUUCCAGCUGAGACUGAAUGAGGGGUGGUCUCCCUUUUUAUUCCAGCCCUCGGGCCGAGAUGACCAGAGGAUGGACACUGCAUGGGCAGUGCAGGGCAGUGUAAGGGAGCCCAGGUCUGGGAACAGUGGAUGGAGUCGGACUCCAGCUCUGGCAACCUGUUAGUGGAGUGACCUCAGUCUCCCUCGCUGUCUGAGCCUCCUGGGUUGUCUCUUAGCUUCCCACUUCUGUUCCUGUGCCUCCCAUUUGUGCCCUUCUGUUCCCAUCUCUCUGGCUUGACCUUUGCCCCUGUUACCCCUGCUGUCUCCUGGUGUCUGAUUCUCCACUUCGCAUUCCUCUUUCUGUGCCCGUCUUCUUUUCCUUGUCUCUCAGUUAUCCUUUUUCCUUAGUCGGCCUCUGCCGCUUACUACUGCAGUAGGAAUUUUCCCUAGGGUAUUCCUUCUCAUCGUUUUUAGCAUAAAGUUCAUUUUGACUGUGUCUUCCCCGCCCCGCCACCCCGACUCUUCCAUCACUUUGACCCCGUUCCCACAGUGGAACCGGCUCCAAGGGGACUGUACCAUUCCGCCUUUCCAUCCCUUUCAGCAAGUAGAACCUCCUGCUAUAGGCCUUUACUAUUUACAAACAUGUAAAAUAGAGUCAAUGAGAAUAUUUUACUAUUCCAAAGUCUUCCUUCCUCUUUCACCAAACGCAGUCUUCUAAGAGAGGACAUAGCACUCGGAGCUCUUCCCAGUGCUUUUGUAAAGUCUCUCUACAAAGCUCGCACCUUAUGGAUUGGUACAAUCCUCCUUUCCGUCAACUCCCCCACCCUCUCCCCUCCUGUCGCCGCUGGUGGUGCAGCCCAACCACAGGCUCGUUGUAAAAGGAUUCCUGCGUGUACGGAACUGCACAGACUCUCAACAUGGCGGCCCCUAUUGGCACACAGUGCAUGGCGGCAGCCACAUUGCCUCCUGAACAAAGCCGCUGAGGACGCGAAGUGGGCGGAACCACCCAGCAGGGAUCAGCGCAAGCCUCGCGCUCCGCUCACCCGGGUAGGAAGCGCAGGAGUUCGUUACUGUCUAUAUGACAGCUGUCCCGGUUUAAGCUUUGACCGGCGUUUCGGGACCUGAUAACAGAACCGCAGGUCAGAGGGCUGAUUCGUACGAUCUGACUUGAUAAAGUCUCCCUGUCAUGGGCGCUCACUUCCUCUGAACCAGUUCAGUCCUGUCUGCAUGACUCCAGGAACUGAAAAAAAUUUACCAGGCAUCUGUCCUUUGAGAAGACAGCAGAAAAUGAUGAAGUCCCAGGGGUUAGUAUCAUUCAAGGAUGUGGCUGUGGAUUUCACCCAGGAGGAGUGGCAGCAACUGGACCCUGCUCAGAGGACCCUGUACAGGGACGUGAUGCUGGAGAACUACAGCCACCUGGUCUCCAUGGGGCAUCCGGUUUCCAAACCAGACGUCAUCGCCAAGUUGGAACAAGGAGAAGAUCCGUGGAUCAUAAAGAGAGACAUAUCAAAUUGGCUUUUUCCAGACAGGAAGCAUCGCCCUGAUGACCCCCAGUCAUGUAUUUUGGGGUCCUUUUCCUUCCAUAAUAAGACACUGAAAGGUGUCACAAAGGAUGGUUCCUUGUGCUCCAUUUUGAAAGUAUGUCCAGGUGAUGGCCAACGGCAGAGAGGUCCAGAAAACCAAGACAGACUUUCCAGUCAAGUUACAGUUAUCAGAAACAAGACAGUGACUGUGGAGUCAGGCCAUAAAUAUAACACAUUGGGGACAAUGUUUGAAGAGUUCAUAGAGCCAGAUACUUCAAGACAAAGACCCUGUAACUAUGAAGCAUUUAAAACGUACUUGAAAUCUAAUAUUGACCUACCUCGUUGUGAUAAGACUAGUUCAAGAAAAACCCCCGAUGCAAGUUUUGGAUGCAGAAAAUCAUUUAGCCAUGAUGUGUCCAGUUCUGAUCUUGAGAAAAUUCAAAAAGUAGUAAUACCUUCUGAUGGUAAUCGGUGUGGAAACCUUUUCAGCAAUAAACGACCCCUUAUUCAUUAUAAGGAUACUGCAACUAAAGAGAAGACCUGUAUAUGUAUCACAUGUGGGAAAGGCUUUGCUAAGAAGUUACAGCUUAUUGUACAUCAACGAAUUCAUAGUGGAGAGAAACCUUAUGAUUGCAGUGCAUGUGGGAAAGCCUUCAGUGAGAAGUUUCACCUCAUUGUACACCAGAGAACUCAUACUGGGGAGAAGCCUUAUGAAUGUUCUGAAUGUGGAAAAGCCUUCUCUCAGAAGUCAUCCCUCAUUAUACAUCAGAGGGUUCACACGGGGGAGAAACCAUACGCGUGUAGUGACUGCGGGAAAGCCUUCUCCCAGAAAUCACCCCUCAUUAUCCAUCAGAGGAUCCACACUGGGGAGAAGCCUUACGAAUGCAGGGAGUGCGGCAAGGCCUUCUCCCAGAAGUCACAACUGAUUAUCCACCACAGGACUCACACUGGGGAGAAGCCCUAUGAGUGUGCCGAGUGCGGGAAAGCCUUCUGCGAGAAGUCCCACCUCAUCAUACACAGCAGGAUCCACACUGGAGAGAAACCCUACAAGUGUGCUCAGUGUGCAGAGGCCUUCAGCAGGAAGACAGAACUCAUCACACAUCAGUUAGUUCACACUGGGGAGAAACCCUACGCAUGUCCCGAGUGUGGGAAGGCCUUCUCCCGCAAGUCACAGCUCAUCAUCCACCAGAGAACACACACUGGAGAGAAACCCUACAGGUGCGGUGAGUGCGGCAAGGCCUUCUGUCAGAAGUCGCAUCUCAUUGGACAUCAGAGAAUUCACACAGGGGAAAAGCCCUACGUGUGCACUGAGUGUGGGAAAGCCUUCUCUCAGAAGUCCCACCUGCCAGGACACCAGCGCAUUCACACGGGAGAGAAGCCUUACAUCUGUGCUGAGUGUGGGAAGGCCUUUUCCCAGAAGUCAGACCUGGUUUUACAUCGGAGGAUUCAUACUGGGGAAAGACCCUAUGGGUGCCCUGCGUGUGGGAAAGCCUUCAUCCAGAAGUCCCAGCUCACCGUGCACCAGAGAAUUCACAACAGUGGGAAAGCCUUAAUGAACUGAGUGCAGAAAAGCCUUCAGUAUUAGCUCAAGCCUUAAUAAAUACUAGAAUCCUAAGUGAUUUGAUAAGUUUGUGAAAAGCAUAUUAUAUGUAAAAUUUUACAAGAGGGUUCAUGUUCAUAGUGUGAUGAUACCUAAUUCUUUCAGCAGUGAUGGAAAAUUAAAUCAACAUGAUAUGUAAAGCUUUUAACCUGUGAUUUGAAUGGUGAGUAGAACAAAUUAUGUAUACAGAAUGUUAUCGAGUUACAUAUUCUUUAUGAUACCAUAUAACAAUAACCAGACAUUGUGAAAUUGCUAAUAUUGGCUUAUCAUAAUUUUGGCCAUACAGCCAUGCCCUGUAAAAGACAUGAAGAAAGCUUGAGUAAAAAAAGAAAAACCAAUUCCUAGAAAUUGCAUUUUAAGGAGAGACUUAGCUUGACCCCUAAAGAUACAUGUAAAAUUCUUAUAUGAGGGUGGAAAGGUAGGUUAACUGAAUUUAAUAAAGGUGCUAUUUAUGUGUUUUCUUAUCUCAAACGUGUAAGCCCGCCUAUAUCUCUGGAAGUUCCCUGGACCUUGAAAUUGAUGCUUCUGGGCCAGGUCUCCCUUUUCCUCUACCUCACUGGGGAUUUGGAAUGGGGGAAGGACUUGGGCACAGAACCAAAUGGUCUUGGGUUUAAAUCCUGGCUCAACGAUGCAGAUGGUGUGACUUCAGGCAAGCCUGCUUCACCCACCCGAAUAUUUGUUCUUAUUGGUAAGUAAAAGUACAAUGCAGAACACAGUUUUAGUUAAUGUUAGUUCUUUGUAGUCUUUACUCUCUACCCUGCUGCAACAGAAUGCUAAGACUAGUGUUUACAAGACACAUCUGAACUUGCUUUGUACCCCAGACACCCUCGUUUUGAUAUCUCGUUCCUAUGACUGGUUCCUUUUACUGUCAUUUGUCUGGUGGCCUUGGUUACCGGUAUGGUAAAGUGACACUUUAUUGUACCUACUGUAGUGUUUUACCUGCACUUAUUUAUAUAAACUGUGGUGAUCGCACAUA